CUCAUAUUUAAAGCUAGAUUUUAGAAGUUGUGUUUGCCAUUAAAAAAAAAAAAAAAACUGGUAUUUGACAAUUAUGAAUUUCCCGUUGGAAAAUGUAAUUUCAAAGAACUGAUAACCUAUUAACCUGUAUAAUGUUUGAACAUGAUGCAAUUGAAAGAUCGAAUGAUUGAUCACCGCCAGUUAUCUCUCUACCACUUUCUCCUCAUCGCCGGCCACCGGAUCAAACCUCUGCAACAAGUUCACGCCCAGAUCAUCGUCUCCGGCAAAACCACCUCUCUCCCACUUCUCACCAAACUCAUCACAUCCACCUGCGCUUCAUGCGCCUCAACUUCAAUCCUCUACACACACCAACUCCUCUACUCCAUCUCCAACCCUGAUUCAUUCCUCUUCAGUUCCCUUAUAAAAACCUCCACAAAACACAACUUCCCACGUGAUUCCCUCAUCUUCUACCGCCACAUGUUAGCUUGCAAAACAGAGUGUUCAAAUCACACUUUAACUGCUGUUAUUAAAGCCUGUGGUAAUUUGUCAGCUCUGGGGAUUGGUAAAAUUGUUCAUUGUCAUGUGUUGGUUGGUGGGUAUGGGUUGGAUUUGUUUGUUCAGGCUGCUUUGGUUAGUUUUUAUGCUAAGUGUGGUGAAUUGGGGGUUGCGAGGAAGGUGUUUGAUGAAAUGCCGCAAAGAAGUUUGGUUGCGUGGAACGCGAUGAUUUCUGGGUAUGAGCAAAAUGGGCUUGCUCAGGAGGCUAUUGGGUUGUUUGAAUGUAUGCGAGAUUUGGGUGUUGAGUUUGAUUUGGUGACAAUGGUGAGUGUGUUGUCCGCAUGUUCUCAGGUGGGUGCUCUCGGUUUAGGUCAGUGGAUUCACGAGUACAUCAACCGGAACAAUUUGCGUUUAAAUACUACUAUUGGUACUUCGUUGAUCAACAUGUAUGGUAGGUGUGGAGAUGUGAUUAAAGCAAGAGAAGUUUUUGAAUCGUUGGUUCAACAAAAUGUUAUAACUUGGACCGCCAUGAUAUCAGUUUACGGAAUGCAUGGUUAUGGUAAGGAAGCAAUGGAGAUAUUUCAUCUUAUGAAACUGCAUGGUCCACCUCCCAAUUCUGUAACAUUUAUCGCUGUUUUAUCCGCAUGUGCUCAUGCCGGACUUGUAUCCAAAGGUCAACUUGCUUAUACUAGCAUGAUUCAAGAUUACCAAAUUGCCCCUAAGCUCGAGCAUCAUGUUUCCGUGGUUGAUAUGCUGGGACGUGCAGGACUACUAAACGAAGCAUAUCAACACAUUCAGAAUAUGAAUCCUAUCAAACCUACCGCAGCUGUAUGGACCGCAAUGCUUGGAGCCUGUAAGAUGCACAAAAACAUAACUCUUGGUGUUGUAGCGGUCGAGAAUCUUUUAGCGAUCGAACCUCAUCAUCCUGGCCAUUUUGUUUUGAUCUCUAAUAUAUAUGCAAUGGCAGGCCAGAUGGAUCGAGUUGAAAUGGUUAGAAAUGUGAUGAUUCAAAAGGGUUUAAAGAAACAAGUUGGAUAUGCCACCAUAGAAGUUGAUAACAAGACGUAUUUGUUUAGUAUGGGUGAUACGUCUCACCCCGAAACCGACGCAAUUUACAGGUAUUUAGAUGAGUUGAUGGAGAGAUGCAGGGGAGUAGGGUAUACACCAGUGUUUGAAUCUGUAAUGCAUGAGGUAGAAGAGGAAGAAAGGGUGCAUGCGCUUAGAUAUCAUAGCGAGAAGCUUGCACUCGCGUUUGGACUCUUGAAAACACAAGAGGGAUCGGUUAUAAGGAUUGUGAAGAACCUUCGGGUGUGUGAAGAUUGCCACAUGGCAUUCAAGUUCAUUUCUGUUGUGACUAAACGAAAGAUUGUUGUUCGUGAUAAGCUUCGAUUUCAUCAUUUUGAAGAUGGUUCUUGCUCGUGUUUGGAUUACUGGUGACGGAUUUUCAUGCGGAUCAGAUUGAACCCGUUCAUGAAACAUGAAACAGUGAGGGCGUAUGGGCUAGAAAACACGCCAACUUCAAAGGUCAUAGCUCAAACCAUAGAGUUACGAGACACCUGAAUUGACUACAUAUGCUUGGCCCGGAUUCUUUUAUACCGGGCACAUGUUUAUGUAGAUGAUCUUCGGUUCUUUUUGAGUUAUAAAAGAAAGAAACACCAGCUAUUUUUUUAAGUUUCAA